AUGUCCUCACAGAACCGCACUCUCACGGGCUGCGGGACAUGUCGCAAUCGCCAUGUAAAGUGCGACGAAGCGCGCCCUACUUGCGAAAAUUGCCAGCAGCAGGGCCUGGAAUGUCUCGGCUACGAGCGCCAGUUGAUUUGGUCGAGUCAUGAUGCCGACCGAGUAUUCGCCGCCCUCUAUUUUCCGGUAUACUUCGUUACAGGCCGAAAGAUGACGCGAAUGAUCACAGCCGGUCUUGAACACCAGUCUGCCAGCGCUACUUUGGCUAGAUUGGAAAAUGGAAGCGCGAACGCCUUACGCUUGGAAGGUGCUAUAUUCAAAGGCCCUUUUGGUGUUCAGGUGUUGCCAAAUCCGGCAUCUGCAAAUAACAACCAAGAUGAGCCACACUCUGACCAGAUUGAGCAUGACCUAUUGGAAUGGGAUCCUCUCUGGCCCGCCAUCGCAGGAGACUCUGCUACGUUCGAUGGGCUGUACGAUGUACCUGGGAGCUCGGGAAAUGCGACUAUAUUAGACCCUGUAUUGGACGUGAUGAACGAUCGUCAGUCUCUCCUUCCACCUUCUCUAGGCACCGACCUCGACGAGCUCAUAUACCAGCCCACCUCUCUAUCUUUGGCACCAAUCGUUCCGUCCCUUGAGGUCUCACGAAACAAGAAUAUACCUCCCCAAGCAGCCGAGCUGCUGCGGUACUUCAAAGUGAACGUCAUCUCGCUCUCGUUCCCUUUGAAGAAUCGCCGGCAAUGCCCCUGGCAGGCAGUGCAUCUCCCAGCUGCAAUUAGCGCAUUUGCAGAGCUCAGCAUUCAUCACACCACAAGCCACACUAGGAUGUCGCUUUUUUAUUCUCUUCUUGCUGCCAGCUGCCUCAAUAAGCAACAUCUUGAUUUAGCCCUGAACGAGGAAGUCUUGGGGCCUAAGCGGGCCAAGUAUAAGGAGAUCCUUACUGCCGUUCUGUCAAUGGUGAUGCUCUCGAUAUUUAAAGAAGAAAGUUCUAGCGCACAAGCGUUCCUAGUCGAUGCAGAGCAUCUCAUUCGCAUACGGGGUCUCCCCAAACAACACAAGUCACUCAAGGUCCGAUCUCUGUACCACAUAUACACUUUCCUGCGCAUCAUGGCCGAAAGCACAUGCGGAUAUGCCCUACAAGACAUUUUCCCCGACCGUCCCAGCUCCAGCUUGCUCGCAAUCGAGCCAUCGCCAGAGUCCCUACGAAGCUUCCGCUUGGCGGACGUUAUCCGCGUGGCUAACGAACAGGAACUACUCCACCGCGAUGGUCCAACAGUUGAUGCGCGCAUCGCUGUAGAGUUAAAGCGGCGCGCGAGCAUGCUCGAGCAAUACAUUCUCUCGUGGGAGCAGUCUCCCGAAUUCAAACCAAACGAUCCCACGACGAUCACAAACGGUCUGGAUACUGCCAUUGAUCAGAACCUGACAGCAACCCAUUUUAUGAUCAAAGCAAUGCACCAGGCGCUAAUCCUGUUCUACUACCGUCGCGUUGCCAACAUCAGCGCUUUGAUCCUGCAAGAUACUGUUCGCAACUGCCUUAACUUCCUGAACCGCUAUGACAAAGCCCGCGUUGAGGAAAGCCGGAAUGAGCCGUGUUAUACCCCUAACACAGCAUUCCUCUGGCCUGGCUUCGUUGCAGCUUGCGAAGCACUAGAACCUGAUAUGCAGAGCGGUCUGCUAGAAUGGCUUGUUGUGACAGGCCAUAGGACCUCCUUAGGCCCUUUUUUCUGUAGCUGCGGGGACUGCGCAACUGAGAUCCAGUCCGGGAACUUUCCUCUAAAACAGCUCUAG